CAGGGCGUCUAGUGGAGCAGGGGGAAGGAGAGGGGUGCAGGGUACCCUGGGGUUCAGAGAGCAGAUGGUGCUGUUUCUAGACAGGGAAGCAACUCAGUCGAAAGGGAAGAGAAAGUGAAAGGCGGGGGAGAGGGAAAGGACAGCAGGGGGUGGAGCUGUCCACGCAGUUGGGGGUUGCGAGGAGAAGGAAAGGCGGGGGAUGCCCCAGAGUGGCGCAAUAUCUUGGGGGUGGGGAAAAUGGUCCCUUUAGCCUCGCUGCAAGGGGAAUUCCCUAAAGCUCAGGAGGACAGGAGGGUGACGACGUAGGGGGAAGCCCCAGCGCUGGCUAGAGAAGGCUGCGGCAGCAGGCGCAGCAGUCUUAUUGUGGGAUUUGGUGUCUUGGGAGACAGAGCCUCGAACAGCCAUUCCACUGCGUCUCUUUCAGCCUUGACCAGUCCUGCUCCCCAAACCAUGAGCAUCCUCCGGCUCCUAGUCCUGAGCUGUGCUUGGUGCUUGGUGCCGGCGACUCUGAUAGUGGAGACGACUUGUUCAGGGAAUGUUUCUCUGCCCUGUACUGCCCUCUGGGACCCUCAGACUCCAUACACGACGAUCUUCUGGGAGAAGAUUAAUGCACGAGGCGGAGAACUGACAAAGAUGCUGGGGGUAAACCAAAGCCUUAGUGAACAUUUCCAUUAUGAGAAAGAGAUAAAUGGCUCAUUAGAGGCCUGUCCUCCGGAAAAGUGUUCCUUGAACAUCAGAAAUAUCACCUGCCAGAAUGCUGGAAUUUACAGAUGUACUUUGCAGGCUCCAGGAGAAGAAAACAGUCCAAGUGACAUAGUUUUCCUGAAAGUGGCAGGCUGCACCAUGGAGCAUGAAGAUGACAAGUUUAAGAAAUACCGAGCUGAAAUUCUCUUACUGUUGGUUCUUGCAAUGUUCUAUGUAUUUCUCAUCGUUUUUACCUGUAAAUUUGCAAAGCUACAGAAUAUAUUUCCUGAUGUCAACAAACAAGGCAUGGAACGAACUUUUCUCCACAUCCCCUUCCAAAAUAAGAAAGGCACUCACCAGAUGGGCCCAGCAACAGUUCAGAAGAUGGACUUGGUCUGAGUUUUCCCUCUAUGGGCUGUUUUUAGAAUACGAAAAAUUCAUAAACAUUCGUGGUUCUUUGGACAGCCAAAAGAACAAACAAAGACACUUGUGUGAAGGGGCAGCCACAGUAGGAUCAUUAUUCCUGAGAUGACUGAAAAUGGGUCCACAGUUUGAGCACUGGUGCAGAGCUCUAGAAAUAUGGAAACAUCAUCUCUCAGGUCGAUCCCAGCUAUCAGCAUCUCCUGAAGGAUCCCCAUCCAGUUGUGUACUCUGCUCGUUGGCCAACCAUGUGAAAACUUUUGGAGAAGGUGAGGGCUGACCCAAGGAAUUCUUCCAGUCUCAUGGCAGCUACCCUCCAUGAAAUAUUGUUGGAAAAUACUCAUGAACAAUGAAUGUAUGGAACUCACUCUUGCUGGGGACCAAGAGACUGAUUCCCUAAAGGCAGACAGCAACCUUCCACACCUCAGAGGGACCUCUUAGAAGCUGUAGGAUUUUGCUACACCAGCACAGAUGUUUCCUGUAUUGGAGAAGAUGGACAGGUCCUGCUGUGAGGUGGUGGGAAAUAUCUAGUAAAUAACUCCCUGGUGUGAAGGGCCUGCCAUUAUGUGUAUUAUGAGUACGUUGAAAUAACAGGUCCAUGAGCCAUUUCUCUUGCUAUGGCUUUUUAUGAGGGAAAGGCGUUUGCAAGAAAACUGUGAAGAAAGAUGCCAUGUUAGAAGAAUAUAUGCAUUACAGGGAGCGUGUGCGCGCACACACACACACACACACACACAGAGGUAGUUAACAAAAGGGAAUUUUCAGGCUGUAAUCACAAAUCUCACAUGGAGGUUGUACCAAUGACUGUUUCUCAUAACCAAGCUCGGAUUUCUUCUGUCCUGUUUUUCUGAGGUCAGGAAGAAAUUCUUCAGAGUUAAAAGUACUACCUGUUAAUGUACAAGUGUGAUAAGAUUGCCAAAUAGGGACAGUUUUGCUUCCUAGUUUCCUGACACCACAUUUAGGCUAUUUAAGGUGAGGGCUCCGGGUCUGAAGGUUCUCCUGAAGAGGACUUAGGAGAGGGGGAGAGAGAGAGCAAAAGGAAGGGGAGAUGAAGAACGAGGGAGGGAAGAAGGAAGGGAGAGAGAGAAUUGGAAAAUGGCUCCAUGCCAUACGUGUUACUUAAUACAUUCAUAUUAUCUGUACAUGUAUUUCCCCUUGCCUUUCUCUCCCCUGGUUUGUCUUUGUAUCCCUAGGACACAGUGCCUGGAACAUAGUAGGAUUUUAAUAAAAUUUAUUUUAAUUGAAUGGAA